AUGAUAAUUAGUGCUAUUGACAAGCAGUCAGUGCACAGAAUCUGUUCUGGACAAGUUGUGCUUGAUUUGGCAACUGCAGUAAAAGAGUUGGUUGAGAACAGUAUUGAUGCUGGUGCCAGUUGUAUUGACAUCAAAUUUAAGGAUUAUGGAAUUGAAGGCAUCGAAGUUAGCGAUGAUGGAUCAGGCAUUGAUCCUGUCAAUUAUGAAACAUUGGCGUUAAAGCACUAUACUUCCAAGAUUAGUCAGUUUGAAGAUCUCGAGAAAGUUGCAACAUUUGGAUUCCGAGGAGAAGCAAUCAGUUCACUAUGUGCACUCUCACAAUUGAUUGUGAUUACAGCUACUAAAGAACAAGCGCCUAUGGGCAUGAAGCUCGAAUAUGACGACAAUGGAAAGUUGAAAUCAAAGACACCUAUUGCUCGCUCAACUGGAACAACUGUUCAAAUAACAAACAUGUUUCAUUCACUGCCUGUCAGACAAAAGGAAUUUAAAAGAAACUGUAAAAAAGAAUAUGGAAAAGCACUGGCCAUUCUACAAGCUUAUUCUAUUAUAUCCUGCAACAUUAAAAUUUCAGUGUUUAAUCAAUCAGGCAACAAACCAAGUACAAAAGUGAUGUCUACAAACAAGAAUAGAGAUAUAAGAGACAAUAUGUCGAAUAUAUUUGGAUCAAAGAUCGUUUCCCAAAUCGUCCCGUUUGAGAUAAGCCUCGAGAGUCUUUUAGGGCAAGGUUCUGUCGAAGGAUUCAUAUCCAGACCAGAGUGGGGGUUGGGCAGAAGUAGUUCAGAUCGUCAAUACUUUUAUGUAAAUGGUAGACCAUGUAUAUUACCAAAGAUGGCCAAAGCCCUGAAUGAAAUCUAUCGUUCGUUUAUUACAAAUCAAUACCCAUUUAUUGUUGCCAAUUUCAAAAUACCAACUGAUGUUUAUGAUGUGAACGUGAGUCCUGACAAACGAACGAUCUUUAUUCAUGAAGAAAACAAGAUUGCCGAGAUAAUCAUGGAACAACUAAAGGGUCUAUUGGAGCCUAGUCGAUCGACGUUCCAAACGAAUGAUUUGACAACGACAGAAGAAGAGAUUAUUACAACAACAACAACGACAGCAGCCGUGCCAAAGGUAUCGCUGCAGUCGUUUGCAUUGGCUAGCGGGAGUCAUUAUCGACCCAAGAGUAUGUAUGAUACCAACCUUGGCAAGCGAAAUUAUACCAAGACAACUACUAGUAGUGAAACAGGCAAUAUCAAAGAUUACCUGUUAAAAAAGCCAAGAUUAGAUAACGAAGAAGUGGAUGAGUUAACAGAAGAGUACGACAAUCAACCAGAAAGACCAUCAGUUAUAGGGAAUAAUGAUAUACUACAGGCUUCAGAAAUAUCAUCAAUUGCAUCCAUAUCAAGCAUAUCUGAAGCUGUGAUUGAACCUGAUAUUAUAGCGAUAGAUGUCACUCAGAGAAAAGUCAGUGAAAUCACACUAAUGAAUGAUAUAACUGAGCCUAUGACUGUGGAUAUUCAAGAAGAACAGUCAGCCACAGAUAGCUGUCAACACUUUGAGCAACAUAAAGACAUCAGAUCCUAUGAGGGGAACUGGAAAACAAAUGGUCGAUCUAUGACUGUGACCGUAAAGGACUUUGUUAAUAUUCCUAUAAAAAAACAAACAGUGCCUAUAGACAACAUACCGGAUGGUCUCCUGAUGGAUGCUGGUAUUCAAAACGUUCAAGACAAUGAUAAGGCAACGGAGGCAUUAAACCGAGUUAUUCAUAAAUCAGAUUUUGCGAGGAUGAAAGUGCUUGGGCAGUUCAACCUUGGCUUUGUGAUUACUUCAUUAGAUGAUCAAGACCUCUAUAUUAUUGAUCAACAUGCGUCUGAUGAAAAGUACAACUUUGAGACUUUACAAAAGACGGUACGAGUUGAUAGUCAAAAACUAAUAAGGCAAGUUCCACAAAUCCUUGACCUCAGUGCUGCUGAAGAACUUGUCGUCAUGGAUCAUUUGGAUGUUUUUAAAGCGAAUGGGUUUGAUAUUGAAGUAUUGCCUGAUAAUGAACCGACGAAGCGUAUACGUGUCUUAUCACAGCCAGUGACAAAGAAAGCAAUGUUGGAUAAGAAGGACAUAAGCGAAAUUAUCCAUUUGUUGAGCGAGCAUCCUGACGAGAUGGUUCGAUGUAGUCGAAAUAGAGCCAUCUUUGCCUCAAUGGCUUGUCAUAAGGCAGUGAGGAUAGGACAGUCUUUGACAAAGAACAAGAUGACAACGAUUAUAAGACACAUGGGUGAAAUUGACCAGCCAUGGAAUUGUCCACAUGGCCGUCCAACUAUGCGUCAUUUGCUAAGUCUUUCCCAGUUGAAGCAAACGAGAAAACGAAAGUUUAGUUUUAAAGGAACGUUGUUUUGCUGA